AAGGCUGCACGUACCGGCUGCGGUGGCUGGGUUCGAGCAUCAAGAAAACACCAGAAAAACAAAACAACCAUGUCAGAUGCAGAGGUAGACUUCAUGUGCGAUGAUGAUGAAGAUUAUGACUUGGAAUACUCGGAGGAUAGUAACUCAGAGCCAGACGUGGACUUGGAAAACCAGUACUACAAUUCCAAAGCACAGAAGGAGGAAGACCCCACCGCGGCAUUGGCCGCCUUCAAGAAAGUCCUCGACUUGGAGGGUGGCGACAAGGGCGAGUGGGGCUUCAAGGCGCUCAAGCAGAUGAUCAAGAUUAACUUCAGACUGGGCAACUACACGGAGAUGAUGAACCACUACAAACAGCUUCUUCAGUACAUCAAGUCUGCUGUGACUAGGAACUAUAGUGAGAAGUCAAUAAACUCUAUAUUGGACUACAUAUCUACAUCCAAGCAGAUGGAGCUACUGCAAGACUUCUACGAAACGACGUUGGAGGCCCUGAAGGAUGCCAAAAACGACCGGCUGUGGUUCAAAACCAACACCAAGCUCGGCAAGCUGUACUUUGACCGCGGGGACUACGCCAAACUGCAGAAGAUCCUCAAACAGCUGCAUCUGUCGUGCCAGACCGAUGCCGGCGAGGACGACAUGAAGAAGGGCACGCAGCUGCUGGAGAUCUACGCGCUCGAGAUCCAGAUGUACACGGCGCAGAAGAACAACAAGAAGCUGAAGGCGCUGUACGAGCAGUCCCUGCACAUCAAGUCGGCCAUCCCACACCCGCUCAUCAUGGGCGUCAUCCGAGAAUGCGGCGGAAAGAUGCAUCUCCGUGAGGGAGAGUUCGAGAAGGCGCACACGGACUUCUUCGAGGCUUUCAAAAACUAUGACGAGUCGGGCAGCCCACGACGAACGACGUGCCUGAAGUACCUUGUCCUCGCCAACAUGCUGAUGAAGUCGGACAUCAACCCGUUCGACUCGCAGGAGGCCAAGCCGUACAAGAACGACCCGGAGAUCCUUGCCAUGACGAAUCUCGUGUCCGCCUAUCAGAACAACGAUAUCAACGAGUUUGAGAAGAUCCUGAAAACCAACCGGAAAAACAUCAUGGACGACCUGUUUAUCCGGGAGCACAUUGAGGACCUGCUGCGGAACAUCCGUACCCAGGUGCUGGUGAAGCUGAUCAAGCCGUACACGCGGAUACAGAUCCCGUCCAUCUCCAAGGAGCUCAACAUCGACGUGGUGGAGGUGGAGAACCUGCUGGUCUCCUGCAUCCUCGACAACACGAUUGCGGGUAGCAUCGACCAGGUGAACCAGGUGCUGGAGCUGGCGCGCGAGCCGCGCGAGACGCGCCGCUACAACAUGGUGGACCUGUGGGCGCGCCAGCUGUCCUCCCUGCACGCCACCGUCGUCAACCGCAUGAUGUAGGCCCCGCCGGCGACAGGCGCGCGCCGCGGGACAGAACACGAGCGGCGCGGGGCUCAGCGGGCGCCGUGGACCGGUCCGGCGUGCCGCGGGGGUCGGUGGAGCGGGCGGCGGCGUGGCGCGGACCGCACAGGAGGUGUGGCGUUCAGGGAGCACGCCUGUCGCCGUCUCGACGGCGUCUCCCGGCAGCCGGCGGUCGGUCGACCGUGCGCUGGUCGCGCUGGAGCGGCCCGGCGGAUCGGCGCGCGCCGCCGGUGGAGGUCUCCCGUCGGAUGGUGCGCCGUCACCGUCACUAGUGCGGUGUCCGACGACGCCGGGGCUAGCGGACCGUACCAGCGUCCCCUGCCACGCCGCCGCCGGUGGAGGUCUCGCCGUCGGAGGGUGCACCGUCACCGUCACUAGUGCAGUGUCCGGCGAGGCCGGGACUGGCGGACCGUACCAGCGUCCCUGCCACGCCACCGCCGGUGGAGGUCUCGCCGUCGGAGGGUGCACCGUCACCGUCACUAGUGCAGUGUCCGGCGAGGCCGGGACUAGCGGACCGUACCAGCGUCCCUGCCACGCCGCCGCCGGUGGAGGUCUCGCCGUCGGAGGGUGCACCGUCACCGUCACUAGUGCGGUGUCCGGCGACGCCGUGACUAAUGGACCGUACCAGCGUCCCCUGCCACGCCGCCGCCGGCCGCCCCGACCGCCUUCUUUCGGUGGAGAUCCCCCUCACCGCAGUCUGCCACAGCCGGAGUAGUCGGUCGCCCGUCCUGACGGAGCUAGCUACGGCUACUGGGUUGCUGGUAGCUGGCCGAGUGUCGAAGCGAGCGGUUCUCGCACACGAAUCCUUGUUGGACCUUUUACUUGGUGUUGGCCCGAGUCCCGUCUGCGCCGCGACAGCCUUGCGUUGGCGGCGCCUGUCAGCGGCGGCCAGCUGCGUAUCAAUCCAGUACUUGUGAUAGUGGUGAAGAGGGCUCAGUCACCAGUAACUUGUCCAUGCUCUGAACGGCGGAUUGUUCACGGGCCCGGAAGGGAAGUGUGCAUUUGAUCGGAAGGUGUAUGUGUUUGUACACUGUGCAAUGGGAUGCAGUACAGUGGACACGUUCGCGGGGACCGAGUGAGUACUUGUGUUUGU